UUUAAAAAUAUUUUCUAUUUCUAAUUUUCUACGGGGAUUGCUUAUGACAGACAAGACAAAAUAAAACAUAAAAUAUUGGAAAAAAAAAGAAAAAACACAUUUACGUAAAUUCGUAUUAAAUUAAUAAUAGAUAUUAAGUAUAGAAAUUAAGAAACCGAUGUCAGAAACUUCUUUGGAAGGACAACAAACUCCCAAAGAAGACCAAGCCGCUUCCAAAAUACCGGAAUCAGUGAAGAAAAUAAUCUCCAUGGAGAAGGAAAAUGAUACCAAUGCAAACAGAAAAUCCCGUAUUGAUUUACAAGCCUUGCCGACGCGACAGUACCUUGACCAAACAGUAGUUCCAAUAUUGCUGCAAGGUUUGUCAGCUUUGGCCAAGGAACGGCCACCAGACCCAAUCAACUAUUUGGCAGCAUAUUUAUUGAAGAAUAAAAAUACAUUUGAUAAUAAUGGAACUAAUAAUGCACCGAGUAAUCCACAAACAUAGAAUAAUUUGUAAUUUAGCCUCUAAUGUUGUACGCAAAGCUUACAGAGUUAAAUGAUAUCAGGAACAAAAUAAGCCUGUCUCAAAUUAUGAAAUUUCUGGAUUUAGGACUCGGACACUGAAAAAUUACUUAGUGAAAUAUAUGACUGAACCAAAACCUGAAUUAAUAGUUUCCUGUACUUCUAAUAGUAUAAAUUGAAUGUGUUUUGUGAUGCAAUUUUUUUAAUAUAUUGUGUGUUAUUAUAAUUUGUGGACAAUUUUCCGGUGGUCUCAAUAAUUUUUUAUAGUAAUACAAGUGCAUCAAAA